UGCUUCUGUCAUGUCAUCACGUGCAAUACUAGAUGAGGAUGUAAAUAUAAUGUGCGGGUUUACUGCAGAACCUACCUGAAUACCUGGAUUAUGAUCUAAGAACGGUACCACUACAGCCAACAUGACCAUCCAACUUACUUUGUACCAAAUGGAUAAAGCACCCGUACCAUCGACGGGCACACCUAACAGAGAAAGAAUACCCAUCCUAUCACUGAGACUAGUCAGCAUCAUUCUGCUGGUGGCGGUCUUGACGAUGCACGUCCGCUCCGUAAGGGUGUUCCGUUGGGAGCAGUCAGUAUCAGGAGGAGUGUUGGUCACAUACACCCUGGCAAUGACCGGGCUGGCGUUAUGCGCCGGAGCAGACUGCUGCGAUGGCAAGGCCUUGCAGGCGUACCUAUGUAGCACCGGGGCAGCUAUGCUUCUGGUCAACGCAGGCGCCAUCUGGCAUCGUUGGCGCCGCUCUGGGGAACUAACACAUGUAGUAGCCGAGCUCUUGUUUGCUCUAGGAGUGCCACUUCGACGCCAGAUCAUGUUCAAGGUGAUUCUGAGCGCAGUAGCCGCGGUGUGUCUAAUGCUAGACUUAGCAUUACUCCCAAUCAUAACAUUUAUAAACACAGGACCAGAAAAAUAUGUUCACAGUUUAUGUCUUUUUUUAAUGCAUCCUCUUUCUCAAUUAGUUUAG